GAGCGAGGAGCAGAGAGGAAGAGAUGCUGCACCUGUGCAUGAUCACCUGAGGAGAAGAAUAAUAAAAAAAAAAACAAAGAGAGGAGUCAAAGAAGACGAGAACAUGGCGGCGCUGUAUCACAUCUGAGAGAAUCUCCUUCAGCCAGCUCGUCGUCAACAAGGUCGAUCCUCCAGUCCCUGUUGGUGCCAUGGCUGACUCAAGCUGGUGGAAGCUGACCUUCUCGCGCAAGAAGAAAUCUGAAUGUAAGGUUCUGUAUGAGAUCCCACCUGAGCAUGGCAGCAACACCGGGAACAAAGAGCACUCGAGCAAUAACUCCUCUCCAGACCACGUGGAAAGCCAGUUCAAUGUCAGACUGGAGAAGUUUGUGGAUAAAUCUGCCACCAAGGGCCGCCACGUCAAGGUGUCCCACUCUGGCCGCUUCAAGGAGAAGAAGAAGGUCCGUGCCUCAUUGGCCGAGAACCCAAGUCUCUUUGCAGAGCACAACCUCAGCGACGAGAACCAUAAAAAAAAGACUGAGAAAUAGCUCACAGGCUCCUGAAAACACACACCAAAACGCACAUACUUGAUCACAAAUGUGUCAUAUUUCAGUGUCACACGAAAGUUUCGACAAGUUCUAAAAUACAUGCAAACACAACCAUGCUGCACAUGUGCAGCGUGCAAGGUGGAUAAACACUUGUUACCAUGCACCACACCCAGGUAGAUACUGUAACCAGUGGACUCACACCUACACAAACAAUCAGUGGCCUCUGCUGGUAUCAGCAGACACAACCAUUAGAAGUUCACAGAACAGAGUGGAGGUGAAACAAAAUUCUCCUACAUUCUGUUCUUCAGUUUUUCUAAAAAACUAAACAAAAAAAUGUUUCUUCUGCUCACGCUGUUGUUAUAGAAGGAAAAGUCAAAAAACUCUGCCUCAAGCAUCCUCAUCCUCGCGAUCGAAAGGCAAUGUUAUUGUAAUUAAAGUUUUUAUUUUUAUUAUUAUGGAUGUAGAGUUUUGGAAUUAAACUUCCUUUUUUAAUGUCUUAUUCAAUCAGUAAGCAAGUGAAGAUACGUUUGUGUAGUGUGCAAACAAAGCACAGUAAAUUUUUUUAUUACAUUUUUAUGGCCGAUGCAAACAGAAACUUGAUUUUAAUGACUGUGUCAGAGACGCUGUUGAUGCUCUGCAGAUAAGGUAAAUUUAAAAAGACUUUAUAUGACCUUUCCCAGAAUCUGUAAGGAAGAAAAUGUGUUUUGUUUUUAAUAAAUAUAUCGAGAUGUGUUAAUAUGAAAGAGUACUGUGUAUAUGUGCAGUACUCUGCAGACAGGGA